AUGGGCAUCAUCACCCUCCUUACCCUCGCCCUUUUCGCCCUGCGUGUUUGCUGCGAGGAGGGCCACCAUUACGUCAGCCUCGAGGAGGCCAUCGAGCAAGAGAUUCAAAUCUUCAAGGUGAAGAACGAACUUUACCUUAAAAGGCUGUAUCUCUCUGCCGAAUCAAUACCGUCCAACGACGUCGCCCUGGCGAGAGAAUCGACCUGCUGGCGCAACUGGGGGUUGACCUGCCAGGACACGGUAUUCAUCCGACGCCAGCAGCUGAUCAACAUUUCGGCCGUCGAGUUCGGCGCGAUACGACAUGAGGAUCAAGCGUUGACGACCGGCCAGCAAUUAAACGAUCUCUUCAAAAUCCACGCCUCCAAGGUCACGACGAAGAAGUCGACGGCGGUGCUCCGGUCGUUGACCAAGGGCUGGAAUGCCGGCUUCAGGAUAGUAAACAGCCUGGCACCUGGCCCCUCGGCCUCGAUAUCCGCCGAAGGGUCGUAUGACUACUAUGAGGAGUCGACUGAUGCCAACACGGUAACCAACGAGGCCGUUUUCGAGCACUCUUGCCUGCAAGGCUAUCACUGCACCAUCCAGACCGUGUCGUUCUAUGCCAAGGUGCGGGGCGUCUGCCGGGUCAAGCCGUUCACAAGAUGCAACAGUGGCGAGCAGGAUGCAUGCUACGGCUUCCGGAAGGUGCUUGCGAAGGAUGCGUCGUGUGCCGCUCGCACCGGUAAGACGAAUUUUAGGUCGCUCUGGGGGUCGCAAGCACGCGAGCCGCUGAAGGUCGACAAGAACAAUAACACCGUUGAGGUGUUUGAAUGGAACGACUGCCAACAGUGUGAUCAGUUUCUCGACUUCUCCGCCAAGCAUUGCGGAGGCAGGGAAACGUACCAAGAAGAGGAGUGCGAGGUUAUAAUGCCAGUACGCAAAGCGGACGGAUCGCCACACACCCAUGUUGUUUUUACUAGCAUCCCUCGCGACGAGUACCUCAAGAAGUAUGCUGAGAAAUAUCCGAAAAAGGGGAAGCUGACGCCGGAGCCGGAGCCGAAGACGAAGGACAUCGGGCCGUACGAGGGGAAGAAGGAGCCAGGGCCGGAGGACGGGAAGAGGAAGCGGGAGGUCAAAGUGUGGGCCAAGGGAGGAAAGGGACCACAGAGGCUAUAUUACGUCGAGGUUCUUAAGAGAGACUGA